AUGCAAUCAAUUGAAGAAUGUCCUUCUCACUUAACCAUUCUUGACGAAAAAGAGGUCAACGAUACCUUGAGGUCCGGCUAUUCACAAGCAGUCUCUUCGUCACCUAGCUCCCCCGGUCUCUCUGCACCCCAUCUAUCUCCAGUGGGCCUCAAACCCCAAAUCCUUCUUGGUUCCUUGACCUCCACUCAUAUAGCUAUCACUUCUCAUCGUGACCCUAGCUUCGUACCAAUAACGACUAGUGUAAACACAACCACUUCGAUCACAACCACUUCAAUCAAUACUACUUCAGCACAUGGUGGCUGCCUCUCCUCCUCGCCUACCUCCAAAUAUCGUCGUUUCAGUCCUUUUAAUUCUUCGUGUCGAUCCAAGCAACCUAAGUCUCCUGCUCUGAAGCUGGAACAUGAAGAAAUCGGUGAUCACAUCAGUCCCGAAGAUCCUUUUUAUGAGAAGAUACGAAACGUCGAACUGGUCAGUUUAGAUUCGAGGCUCCUCUUGAGCAAUUUUUUCAGCAAUAUCGUUCAAGAUCAUGCUGACUUACAUAUUAACCCCAUAUAUUUUAAAGCAUAUUUUUUGUACGUAGUAACAGUCCGUGUAUUUCAUUUUGCCUUUUUGAGUCACAAUCCAAGCUGGGCAGCAACACUGCUUGACAAUGCGACAAGCCACUCAUUCAUUUUCAUCUACCUUAAGAUACUAUUAUUAUUAUUACCGUUAUAA